UAUUUGAAGAGCCGCUAAUAAUAAUAAUAAUAAUAAUAAUAAUAAUCUUAGGUAUUAUUAUAAUAAAGAUAAUGAUAAUGAUUAUUAACAUGGGACGGAACAAAUACGGGAUUUUUGAUCGCGCGUGCGUCCCAAUACGGAAAUAUAUUGUAUUAUAGAAUAGGGGUAUUUACUAAACAAAGCUGCUUCCGGUACGUCACCAUUACCAUGCUUUAUUGAAAUUCGUAUUCAGUUAAAUGUGUUCUUUGCCGUGGAAAGCUUGCUUAUUCUAGACUAAAUGAGUGAAGAUACGAACUACGAAAAACUAGAGGGACGUUUAAAGAGUUUUGAAGACUGGACGUUUGCGACAGACCCACAGAAGCUGGCAAACGCUGGAUUUUAUGCUACAGGGUACCACGACGUUGUUAGAUGUUUUGCCUGUGGUCUCGGGCUACGAUACAUGAAGCCUGAAGAUGACCCAUUGAUCGAGCACAGCAAGCACGGCCCGACCACGUGUCACUUCUUGAUCCAGAUGUGUGACAAUACUCAGCAAAAAGAAACGGACGAAAAUGGUGCGACAAAUUCGACGAAUGGUGAAUCAGACGAAAUGGACGAGCUUUCUCGCCUAGAGGAGCAGAAUACACAACUGAGGGCGAGAACUACAUGCAAGGUUUGUCGGGAAAGACAAGCACUUAUCCUGUUGAUUCCAUGUAGCCACCUUGCAACCUGCGUCCAGUGUGAGCAAAACCUAACCAUCUGCCCCGUGUGUAACAGACAAGUUGUGGAGACGGUCAAGACCUUCUUGGGAUGAUCUAGGAGCCAGGGAGUAAAUGCUGCUAACAUCUGAAUUGCUGAAUUCGUUUGAUUGGAGACAGAACGAACAUCUGUAUAUUGUUGGAUCCAAAAUGAUAUUUGGAUGAAAAAGUAUAUAACAUAUAUGUUCAUAUAUGAAACAAAGAAAAUGUAACAUUUUGAUUGUUAAAUAUAGCAUGAAAAUGACUUUGAAGGAAAGUCUUCUUUAAAAAUAACAACAAUAUGCUAUAAGUGAUAUUUCUUUGAAAUUUAAAACAAAAUGUUUAAAGGUUUUUUGUGGCUUUAACGGGCAGCUUCUUUCAUAAAGGCAUUAGGUUUUGUUAAUAAAAUGCGAAUUAAUAAAGGUGCUAAAUAAUGAUAUGUGUUUAAUUACCUCCAUUUCAUACAUCAAAUCACAAAUGUAGCGUCACUAUGGUGUUUUUCAAUAACGUAAUUAAUGCAAAAAUGAUAAAAUGAUUAACCAAUAAAAAAUAAACAAGAAAUAAUAUCGAUUUUAAAAUAUAAAAUGCACUAAUAAUUUUCUUCAUCCUAAUGAUGGAUGGCUAAUGUUAGUGAUUUGGGUGGGUGAGUGAGUGAUUUCGGUGAGUGAGUGAGUGAGUGAGUGAGCGAGUGAGUGAGUGAGUGAGUGAGUGAGUGAGUGAGUGAGUGAGCGAGCGUGUGAGUGAGUGAGCGUGUGAGUGAGUGAGUGAGUUUUCAAUGAAAUCACGGAUACUUAUAUAAAAAAGCAAUAAACAAAACGAAAGCAUCAAACAGCAAUUUUUUCUGACCACUUACACUUUUAUUUUCGGGUUUUUAAACUAUUAGUUGAUUAUUAUAUUUUCCCUGUACUAUUAGUCAAACUUCUGGGGCCUCUCU